UCACCGUACGUGGCAACCACCUACUACUAGAUAGCCCUCCUUGUUCGUAUCCAUUUCCGAGCAGCUUCUUCGCGGACGAAGCAUCCGGCUCAAUCACUAUCCUGCUUCCUUGUUCGUAUCAAUUUUCCGAGCAGCUUCUUUGCGGACGAAGCAACUGGCUCAAUCGCUAUCGCGCUUGCUUGUUCAUAUCAUUUUUCGAGCAUCUUGUAACUUGUAGAGAGAUGGAAGCAACUAAGCAGAUGAAUACUUGCGCCAUCUGCCUCGGCGGCAUGGGCGCCGGCGGCGGGCAGGCCAUCUUCACGGCUGAGUGCUCCCACACGUUCCACUUCCACUGCAUCACCGCCAGCAUCGCGCACGGUAACCUCCUCUGCCCGCUCUGCAACGCGGAAUGGCGCGAGCUGCCGUUCGUGCGACCGCCCGCGUCGUCAAUGCCGCCUACGCAGUCACCACCGCAGCCGCCGGCCGUGGAUAUCGUGCAGCCAGCGCGGCGUUGGCGAGCACGCACCCCGUCGGUGGAACCGGUCGUCUUCGACGACGACGAACAGGUGAGGCCGCCUGACAGCCGGCGGCAAGCAGGUGCUGCAUCCGACGAGGCUGUGGUCGUCAAGACACACGGGCACUACUCGACCGUCGCCAGAGACUCGCCUGACGACAACUUCGCCGUGCUCGUGCACCUUAAGGCUCCCGGGAUAACCGGCUCCGGCACCGAAGCGGCAGGCGACGAUCCGGCACAGCGCGCGCCCGUCGACCUCGUCACGGUGCUCGAUGUCAGCAGCAGCAUGCACGGGAGCAAGCUCGCGCUGCUCAAGCAGGCGAUGCGGUUCGUCAUCGACAUCCUCGGCCCCGACGACCGCCUCUCCGUUGUGUCCUUCUCGUCCAGGGCGCGCCGGGUGACCAGGCUCACGCGCAUGUCCGACGCCGGGAAGGCUCUGUGCGUGCGCGCCGUCGAGUCCCUCACGGCGCGCACCGGCACCAACAUCGCCGAGGGGCUCCGUACGGCCGCCAAGGUGCUCGACGAGCGCCGGCACAGGAACGGCGUCUCCUGCGUCGUACUCCUCUCCGACGGCCAGGACAACUACACCCCGAUGAGGCAGGCGUUCGGGAGGGGAUUGCCCAACUACGCAGCGCUCCUUCCGCCGUCCUUUGCGCGCACCGGCACCGGUGCCGGCGACCGGGCAACGCCGGUCCACACGUUCGGCUUCGGGAACGACCACGACGCGACCGCGAUGCACGCCGUUUCCGAGGCGACGGGCGGCACGUUCUCGUUUAUCGAGAAUGAGGCCGUAAUCCAGGACGCGUUCGCGCAGUGCGUCGGCGGGCUGCUCUCCGUCGUGGUCCAAGAGGCGCGAAUCGCCGUCCAGUGCUUGCAUCCCGGAGUUCGCGUUGGCUCGGUCAAGUCCGGGCUGUACGAGAGCCUCGUCGACGACGACGGCCGGGCUGCGUCGAUUGUAGUCGGCGAACUCUACGCCGACGAGGAGAGGCGUUUCCUGCUGUUCAUUGUCGUACCAAGAGCUGAAGAAACGGACGGUGAUACAACUGCUCUAAUCAAAGUAAGCUGCCUCUACCGAGACGCGGCCGCCGGCGCGGAUGUCAACGUGAUGGCAGAGGACACGGUGGUGGCAAGGCCAGAACACGCGGUGGACGCAGAACGGUCGGCGGAGGUGGAGCGGGAGCGCAUCCGGGUUGAGGCCACCGAGGACAUGGCGGCGGCGAGGGGAGCCGCGGAGCGUGGCGAGCACCAGGAGGCAAUGGAAAUUCUCGAGAACCGGCGGGGGGCGGUGGCGCAGUCAGACGCGGCACGAGACGGCGACCCCAUGAUCGUGGCGCUGGAGAUGGAGCUGCGGGACAUGCGCAGGCGCGUGUCGAACCGGCAGAACUACGCGCGCUCGGGGCGGGCGUACAUGCUCGCCGGCAUGAGCGCGCACCUGCAGCAACGGGGCAGUUCGUCGCAGCUGCAGCUGCCUUCGGUGAUUGCAUUCCAAGAUGGAGCCGUGACGACAACGGCAGCCACCCACCAGGUGUCGCAGCAAGUCGCGACGCUACCGUACGCGACGCCGGCCAUGCUCGCCAUGCUGUUGCGGUCGCGGAAGGCGCGCGAGGCGUCUGCCGCGAGCGGGCAACGGCAGCCUGCCGCGGGCGCGCCAGAAGGAGCUCAAGGCUCCGAACCGACGGUCCCAAAGGAGCUGAACGAGUAGCUUUCUGAGAUUGCACGCCACAUAUUCCAUUUGGUAAUAAACCAGUAGCCAUUACAUACUUACAAAGCUUACAAUGUCGAUGAAGUUUGGACCUCGAGUUUGUUUUACAAAUGAGGUUUUGGAGGUACGCCCUCCCUUUCGAAAUAUAAAUCAUUUUAAAGGUUA